AGCAGAAAUGAAAUCGUGUGAGAGCAGAGAGCUGUCAUGAAGAACAGCUGGGGUGUUUAAAGGGACUGGACUGCGUGCCCACGAACACACGACACUGAGGUAGAGCCUCCGGGAGGCAGCAGGGAGAGGUCAGGAUGGCAGGUGUUGGGGCAUGUGCCCCGGCUAACCCUGCCUGUAAGAUCAUGACCUUCAGACCUACAAUGGAGGAGUUUAAGGACUUCAACCAGUACCUGGUUUAUAUGGAGUCUCAGGGAGCUCAUCGUGCUGGACUGGCCAAGGUUAUUCCACCCAAGGACUGGAAGCCACGUCGCAAUUAUGGUGAUAUUGAUGAUUUCGUCAUUCAAGCACCUAUUCAGCAGAUGGUGGCUGGCCAAUCAGGACUCUUCACUCAGUACAACAUCCAGAAGAAACCACUCACUGUGCAAGAAUUCCGCAGACUGGCCAACAGUGACAUGUACUGCACACCUCGCUACUUGAACUAUGAAGACCUGGAGAGGAAGUACUGGAAGAAUCUGACAUUCGUCUCGCCCAUCUAUGGUGCUGAUGUGAGCGGCACACUCUAUGAUGAGGACAUUGAAGAGUGGAACAUCGGGCACCUGAACUCAAUCUUGGAUGUGAUUGAGGAGGAUUGUGGAGUGUCCAUUCAGGGUGUAAACACACCCUAUCUGUACUUUGGAAUGUGGAAAACCAGCUUCUCCUGGCACACGGAGGACAUGGACCUGUACAGCAUCAACUACCUGCACUUUGGGGAGCCCAAAUCCUGGUAUGCUAUCCCUCCAGAGCAUGGGAAGAGAUUGGAACGUCUUGCUAUAGGUUUCUUUCCUAACAGCUUUAAAAGCUGUGAGGCGUUCCUGAGACACAAGAUGACACUGAUAUCCCCGUCUGUACUAAAGAAAUACAGCAUACCAUUUGAUAAGAUAACACAGGAAGCGGGGGAGUUUAUGAUCACGUUUCCCUAUGGUUACCACGCUGGCUUCAACCACGGCUACAACUGUGCUGAAUCCACCAAUUUCGCCAGUAUCCGGUGGAUCGAUUAUGGAAAAGUUGCUACGCAGUGUACAUGCAGUAAGGACAUGGUAAAGAUCUCCAUGGAUCCAUUUGUUAGACGAUUCCAGCCAGAUCGCUAUCAGGCUUGGACACAAGGCAAAGACUCAUGUCCAUUGGAUCACAUCUUGGCCACACCCAGCACCACACCGGAGCUGCAGAGCUGGCUUCAGAGGCGUCGCAGGAAAGCACCCUCCACCUCAAGUCUCCAUUGUCCACGUGCAUGCUCCAAACGACUGAAGACUGUGGACUCUGCACCAGUGAAGGGGGGUGGUCGCAGGAGUAGAGGGGCAGAGUUAACAUCGAAAAAUGAGGAUAAUGAAGACUCAGUGAAACACCAGAAAGAAUCGCAGUACUUAGGGCUCACUGGUCCAUGUCGACAAAUGUGCGUUGUGAAAGUAACAAGAGUGGAGAAUGACUUGCUGGCCCACUCCACCAGACAAGAUGAUUCCUCUGAGCAACUCUCGACCCCUACACUCACCCCCACAUCCAGGCAGAGUGACCAUGAUCUAGGUCACACAAGCUCCGAGACAUCUUUUAUUUUUGAUGAAGGUCGAGUAUCCACAAACUCAAACUCCGCUGCACAGCCUGGACCUGAAUCAACCUCAGACAGCAGCGUCACUGUGAAUGUGACUCUGGACUCAGAAAGAACUGCUGAAAGUCCUAAUCAAGCAUUAAACUGUGAACCUGUCUCAGUAACAAGUGCUCCUUCUAUUCCUGUGACCCAUUCACCGAGACUUAAUUCCACUGGUGCUGCGGUUUUAUUUUCAGAAACUGAUUCCCAACAAGCUAAAAUUGAAACCGAGGAGACGGUCGCCGAUAUCUUGACUGAGAGCAGCAUCGAUUACGGCACAUCAGCACUUUACAAAGAGCAAAGCUCGAUCCGUCUAGACUCUGCUCUUCAGGGUUUGGAAACCUCAGAAAACAGAACAAACUCUGAAAUCCAGAAUACUUUGUUUUGUGAAAUGCCUCUUCUAAUGCCCGAGCUCAUAGAAGAGCGAGUCAAUCCUCAAUCUCUCGCACCUGAAAUGCCCUCGCUGACUCUCGCUGUCCGACCUGACACCACAAAUCACAGACCUCACACUCCGAACAAUAAUGCACCUGUUCUCCAUCUGGAAAAAUCACACUCGCCUCCUGUUAUAACAGAUGAUGUGGGGACUUAUUCUGAAAGACCUUGUCUCGAUUGGCCCUUUGUUGCACUCCAAGAAGGUGUAAGCCAAUCACAAAACUCAAUCUCAGACACCUUUAGAGCAAAACCAGGACAUGAACACGUCCCAUCCGCAGACCAGAACACUCAAAAUGAGUCCAUUUCACAGUUUAAAAUCACUACUCAGAGUAUUUUACAAUGUUCUACCGUAGCAGAUGUGGAUUUAAUGGACACCUAUGACUCUGAAAUGGCCAGUGGAGACAAACAAAGUUCUCCGAGUCUCGAAGAGCAGUCAAUCUCUCUCACAUGCUCCCAGGGCCCCUACGUGGAGUCCAAACCCUUCACCAUUUGGAAAAACCUCAGCUCCCAGAAUCCCGCAGUGCUCAUUGAGAGCUUGCAGCCUGAGCUGGUAGUUGGUCUUACCACAGGUGUGAGCAGUCUUACAGAUUAUGCCCAUGACUCGCUGCCCUACACCAUGUGGUCCGAAUCAGGUUGCCAACAAGAAAAGUUCCCUGAUUCUCCAAACUCUUCACCAUGCACUCAGACUUGGACCAACCUGGAGCCCAUUCCCAUGCAGUGCUCUGAUGCAGACAUGGCUCCAAACGCACCUCCUGAUCUGAAGCAGCAGAACGUGGAGUUGGAACCAGCUGAAGCUUGUGUGCUCAGUGAGCAGGCAGGCUCUCAGGAACCUCAGGAGGAAAAGUUUAAAAGUCAGGAGUAUUACGAAGGUGCAAAGUCAGACCAUGAUGGGUCUGUGAGCGACUCUGAUUCGUGUGAAUCAGGAGAUAAAGGUGCUGACAGCAGCAGUGAAUCCAGUGAGGAGAACGCCACGAGUGACCCUGAGUAUGUGGAGACGGAUCUGGAGCCAGGGGAAGUCUGUACAUAUCACAUGCAAACUGUUAAGAAGACAUCCAAGAGUUGGCGUCACCCCCUCAGAAAACCCACUGCACGAGCAGUGCCAAGUGCUGUGAAACAGCAGGCUGCCAGUGAUGAUGAGACUUUAGAGGACUGUGCAUCUAAAGAAGAGGAGCCAGAAACUGAGGAAUGGGCAAAGCCUUUAGUGCAUCUGUGGCAACACCGAAAAACUCAUUUUCAGUAUGAACGAGAGUACAACACAACUGCAGCUGAAACCUCUCCACACUGUGCUGUCUGCACCCUUUUCAUGCCAUACUAUCAGCCUGAUAAUUUAGAGGAGAGAAGGCACGAUGUCUUGAUGAGUGCUGCCACAGAGUCUCAGGGGUCAUGUUCACAGGAGGCGGGCUUGAGGUCACGACCUCUGAUCCCUGAAAUUUGCUUUGCGUGCCAGGAGGGCCCAUGUCCCUUGAACACACUGCUGGAGGAGGAUGGAUCCAGUCCACUUGUGGCCUGUAAUAGUUGCUGUGUUCAAGUUCAUGCCAGUUGCUAUGGUGUUGCUGCUCAUGAUGUCAGCCCAGUGUGGACAUGUGACAGAUGUGUGAGCGGAGACCUGGCAGCUGGAUGCUGUUUGUGUAACCUGAGGGGAGGUGCAUUAAAAAGAACCUCAGAUGACAGAUGGGUCCAUGUGAUGUGUGCUGUGGGUCUCCCUGAGGUGAAGUUCAUUGAUGUGGCGAAGAGAGCUCCUAUUGACAUCAGUGCCAUACCUGUACAGAGAUAUAAACUGAAGUGUAUAUAUUGCCGUAACAGGAUAAAGAAGCUGUCCGGAGCAUGUAUUCAGUGCUCAUGUGGUCGUUGCCCAACCUCUUUCCAUGUCACUUGUGCACAUGCAGCUGGAGUCCCCAUGGAGCCUGAUGAUUGGCCGUAUGUGGUUUUCAUCACCUGUCACAGGCACCAGUCACGGAGCUCCAGUGCUAAAGUGAAAGUUAGCAAAAGUGAAUUAGAAGUGGGCCAGACGGUGAUCUCCAAACACAAAAAUCUUCGUUACUACAGCUCACGUGUUACCCAGGUCAUGGCCCAAACAUUCUAUGAGGUUAUGUUUGAUGAUGGCUCAUUCAGCAAUGAUACAUUCCCUGAAGACAUUGUGAGCAGAGAUUGUGCCCAGCUUGGGCCUCCUGAAGUGGGGGAGGCUGUUCAGGUGAAGUGGCCUGAUGGACUUUUUUAUGGAGCCAAGUAUCUUGGCUCUAAUACUUCAUAUAUGUAUCAGGUGGAAUUUGAAGAUGGAUCUCAGGUAUUGGCGAAGAGAGAGGACAUUUACAUGCUGGAUGAAGACCUGCCCAAAAAAGUCAAAGGUCGUUUGUCCACAGCAUCCAGCAUGCGUUUCCAGGAUGCGUUCUUCACCACACAAGGUGAAAGGAAACGGCGACGCACACCAAACUCUCGGUUUCAGACGGAUUAUAUUGCCCAUAUUAGCCCUCGAACCUUCACCAGGAACUCAGAAACACGCAGUAAAGCCAACUAAUGGAGGAAUGGAGAGGGGCUGUUUUAAAUGGGUUUGAAGAUUGUACAUCAGUGAGAUCAUGAUUUUUAAAAGUCUGAAAGACAGAAAUACUGUGGUCUCAUAUGUCAGGGACAAGAAUGUUUUUCUAAAUUAGAAGUUUUUUCUGUUAUAUUUCAGAGGUUUUUCUUGCCUCAAAUUGUAUUCUGUAGCAUUGUAAUCCUGUAAUUUCCUCCCCAACACUGCUGAGACUAAAUUCACCUGCAUGCUUGUUUUGUAUAUGAUUUGUCUUGUCAUGCACCAUUCCUAGUCACUGUCUGACACUAUUAGCAUUGAGCUUAAAAUGGUAUAAAUGCCAAA